AUGGAAAGCAAGGUGUCUUUGUUCGUCGCGCUGGUCCUGAUGAUCGCGGUCGCCUCCUCGCCUGCUUCUGGCAGCACCUCGCCGCCGAUCAGGGCCGUCAAUCUCGGCGGGUGGCUGGUGGUGGAGGGGUGGAUCACACCCGACCUGUUCAAUGGAGUGGACAGCAAAGCUCUCAUGGAUGGAACGCGCAUCACCCUCUGGUCCGUCUCGCAGAAGAUGUUCUUAAGCGCCGCGGGCGGCGGCGGGUCGGCGGUCACGGCCGACCAGAGCAAGGCUCAGGACUGGGAGAUCUUCAGGCUUUGGAAAAUGGACAGCUCCGGUCACAUGUUCAAGAUUCGUUCUAAUAAAAAUCAAUUCAUUAGCAUCAAUGAUGGUGAACAAUUGGUUGCCACGGCAACCUCUCAUAGUCAAGCUGGGGAAUUCCAGUUCAUAAUUAACAAGAAAAACAGAGAGAAAAUCCGGAUCAGAGCUCCAAAUGGAAAAUUCUUGCAGGUGGAGCAAUCAGGUUCAGUAACUGCAAAUAGUGAAGCAAGUGGAAGCUGGAGUGACAAGGAUCCAUCUGUUUUCAAGAUACAAGUUACUGGACAGAUGCAAGGAGACACUCAGCUGUGCAGUUUCUAUGGAGCAGAACAAGCUGUAAGCAUGUUACAGGAUCACUGGAGUACUUUUAUAGUUGAAGAUGACUUCAGCUUCAUUUCAUCAAAUGGACUGAAUGCAGUACGCAUUCCAGUUGCAUGGUGGAUUACAAAUGAAGCAAACACUCCAUCCUGUCAUCCUCCCAGUUAUCCUCGCUAUCAAGCGGUUUUGGAUAAGGCUUUUGAUUGGGCAGAUAAGUAUAACUUAGGUGUCAUUGUUGACCUUCAUGCUGCACCAUGGUCACAGAAUGGCCAUGAACACAGUGGAUCCAGAGAUGGUACUGUGGGUUGGGGCACUAGUGAUGGAAAUAUUGACCAGACUGUCCAAGUAAUUGAAGCCCUUGCAGCCAGGUAUGCUUCAAGAAAAAGCCUUCUAGCAAUUGAGCUUCUCAAUGAGCCAUCAAUAGAAGUGCAGUUCGAUGCCCUAAAGAAGUACUACAAAGCUGGUUAUGAAGCAGUCCACAGGCAUGUGCAGCGUGAUGAUGUUUAUGUGAUCAUGUCAGGACGACUAAUCCAGAAUGGUGCUACUGAGAUGGUCGACUUCGCCAGUAGGUUCAAAAAAUGUGUUCUUGAUGUGCACUAUUACAACCUCUAUGACCCCAAGUACGAAAGCAUGAGUGCGGGGCAGAACAUAGACUACGUGAAGACCGUGCGGGCAAACCAUCUGAAUACUCUCAUGAGACAAAAUGGCGCACUAGUCUUUGUGGGCGAAUGGGCUGCACAAUGGGAGGUGAAGGGUGCAUCUCAUGAGGAUUACAAGAGGUUUGCAGCGGCCCAAAUGGACGUCUAUGGCCAGGCCUCAUUCGGGUGGGCUUACUGGACCUACAAGAAUCCAAAUCGCAACUGGAGUCUGAAGGACAUGAUCAACGACCAUAUCAUUUCGGUGACAAAAAACUAGGAUAGUUCCGUAUAUGGUAAAGUUGUGUGUGUUAUAAAUAAAUGAUGUACAAGCUUUUUCUUGCUUGAAACAUCAUUUUGUGCUUUUCUGAAAGUGUGAUGUCAUCCAAACUAUAUGAAUGAUUACUGCUCUUUCUUUUUUUCUUUUCUAUCGUCUAAUAAAGCUUGCGGCGAAUUCCUUGCCGUCCUUUCGGAAAA